CAUCAAUACAGCGAUUGAGAAACAGCGAGACAGAAAUCCUCACCUGUCGAUUGGGUCCAUAUAUUUGUCUUGCGUUCCCAUCGAUCUCUAAAUCCCACGUGAAUAACAACCAUACCGUUUCCUUAACAAGCUGUCGAUAGGGGUUUUAGAGCAGAGAAAGCCAAGUUGACUGUGAAAUUUAGUGCGCAAACGUUUUAUUUAUUUUUUUAGGUGCGUUGCAGGCUCGCGGCAGAACAAAUGUAAACAAGCAGCAGGUCAGCCGCGCGACUGAAAACGCGAGGAAACGGCGUGAUGACAGCGACCCACGGGCUUUGAUAAACACAUUUUGCUUCAUAUAAAACAACCUUAGCGAUUUAUUUGCAUGCUGUGUAGUUUAAAUAGACGUUAGGGCAGUAGACGAGGACACCUCCCAACCCUCUUGCAUUUUCCAUUACAGCAACAGAUACCGACGGAGAGUGGUUUAUUUUUCUACCGCUUAUAAAAGGCGAUAAAUAGAUUGAUCCGUUUUGUUUCUGCUUAAGGACUUACUUUGCAUAACGUUACGUCUAAUAUAAAAUAUCAAGAAGACUGAAGGAACUACAAAUGAAGAGGCUUAACGGUCCCAUCUGGGCCCCGAGGAAUAAAUAAAUAUCAUAGACGUAUUAAUAUUUACAUGAAGCUGGAGGUGUAAGACAUUCAAACAACGCAUUUCUUGGGGAGCCGCGCAGUGAAGCUGAAGCAUCAGGACUGUCAUGGCCCACCAGCAGACGCCAAGCUCUCAGAAGGCUUUGAUGCUGGAGCUGAAGUCUCUUCAGGAGGAGCCCGUGGAGGGUUUCCGCAUCACCCUGGUGGAAGAGUCGGACCUCUACAACUGGGAAGUGGCCAUCUUUGGCCCUCCAAACACACUCUAUGAAGGGGGCUACUUCAAGGCCCAUAUAAAAUUUCCUAUUGACUACCCAUACUCUCCUCCGACCUUCAGAUUCCUCACCAAGAUGUGGCACCCAAACAUUUAUGAGAAUGGCGAUGUGUGUAUUUCUAUCCUCCACCCUCCUGUGGAUGACCCUCAGAGUGGAGAACUGCCAUCAGAGCGAUGGAACCCCACACAAAAUGUUAGAACAAUCCUUUUGAGCGUGAUUUCGCUGCUAAAUGAACCCAACACCUUUUCUCCUGCAAAUGUGGACGCCUCCGUCAUGUUUCGCAAGUGGAGGGACAGCAAAGGAAAGGACAAAGAAUAUGCAGAAAUUAUAAGGAAGCAGGUAAUGUCGACUAAGGCGGACGCAGAGCGAGAUGGAGUUAAAGUGCCAACGACGCUUGCAGAGUACUGCAUCCAGACCAAAGUGCCUUCACAUGACAGCAGCUCUGACCUGCUCUACGAUGACCUGUACGAUGACGACAUCGAAGAGGACGACGACGAUGAUGACGAGGCAGAGGCCGGCGGGAUUGGUGGAGAAAUGGCCGGGGACUGUUUUGGCGAUGAAGACGACUCUGGCAAUGAGGAGUCUUGACCUCCUUCCAGCGUUACCUUGACAUUAACAUCAAUCCCUCUAUUCUUUCCCCAGAGCCUCCUGUUUUUGUCUCUUUUCAGUCUAUCCUUGUGCUUAAAUUGAUUGUUUUUAUUUUCUCUGUUCCAGAAACCUCACAACUUUAGAUCUUUGUCCUUCAUUACACUUCACGUUCCCCUGUAGACUAUACAUAUAUGACCAAUGAGAUCUCUCGGGUUCAUAAAAUCAUACCACGGUCAUUUAUUACAUCUCACUUUUCCUGCCUUUAAACCUCAGGGCUUUUGGAUAUUGAGAGCUUUUCAUGCCACCUUUAACAUAUUUGUUUAGGUGUUUUAUUCUCUUUUCAAUUAGUUCUUCAAAAUCUUUUGAAGGGUUAGUUCACCCAAAUCAAUAUGGCUGACUUUUCCCUCUGUUAAAAGCAAAGGAGGAAAAUUGUAACAAUUUUCGGAAUCAAAAAAGCUUUACAGAGCAUACGGAAAGCAUGUUGUGCUUAAAGCCCAGAGCAGUGUUGGGGUAACGCAUUACAAGUAACAUGCAUUACGUAAUAUUACUUUUCUGAAGUAACGAGUAAAGUAACGCAUUACUUUUUAAAUGUACACAUUAAUAUUUGAGUUACUUUUUCCAAAAAGUAAUGCAAGUUACUUUUUUAUUUUAAUUAAUUUGAUAAAAAAAAUAAUGUACUGAAUUGAACUAAACUUAGUCACAUUAUGCACUCCAUGCGUACACGCCUGUGUGGGAACCGUUUGAGUCAAAAACUGAAAUGGCAGGCGAGAGCUCGACAUUUUUGUGAUGAAAUAUGCAAUUUCUGAAUGCAGAACUUUUCAGUCAUAAAAAACACCUGCAAGGACUGAAAGAGAUCAAGCCUCAGCUGAGAAAAAGUAACUAAACAGUAACUAAGUAACGCAAUCAGUUACUUUUUUUGGGAGUAACUUAAUAUUGUAAUGCAUUACUUUUAAAAGUAACUUUCCCCAACACUGGCCCAGAGUAUAGUUUUUUUUAGUGCACGCGAAUAUAUGUGCACAGUCGAACGCACAGCCUUUCAAAGCAUAGUUUAUUUGUGUACACCAAUGUUCGACGCAUGCACAUUGCGACAAAAUGCAAUGCAUCUCCUGGGGCGACUGCGCCAGCUGGACGUAAAAAUGUUAGGUGUAAGCUAGUGUGACCACACGUGCCAUUUUUCCGGGAUGCGUCGAGGAUUUCGGGUGCGUCUUCCGAAAGUCGUAAUUGUCGACGAAAUACAUCAUCAAGGUUUAUUAAUUCAGGUUCUAUUUCAGAAAAGUAACCUUACAUUUCAAGGUAAUAAUGAAACUACAAUGAUUGUAUGUUUUUAACUGAAAUGUAAGACCCUCGAUGAUGUAUGCGGCAGACAAAUACGACUUUUUGAAAUCCUGACCAGGACGCGCCCGGGCAAUAUGGCACAUAUGGUUACCUUAGUGUAAGCCCUACGUCGGGCUUUGUGAAAAAUAUUUACAACUGUUUCACCAUCUGAAACUACAAACAGGCGCAGCUAUGCUCAGCGUAGACGUGCGCAUCCCUGCGUAUGUGUUUAACCGCAGUGAUAGUUGAGACGCCAUUCGCGUUUACUAUGGUUAUAAACAUACAUUUACCACAGCCACUGCUCACUGAUCCAGUGCAUUAUAUGCACCAAUGUCUUGUCAAUUUGAUUAUUUCUAUUAGGUCAAGACUUGAUCAAGAAGUUUCGUCUCAGACGUGCGCCUUGAUGAUGCAACAGGUGUACAUUCUACAUAGGACAUAAAGCGCAUUUUACAUCCAGACCAGUCUUACGACCGUAUGUCCAGCUGUUGCAACCACCCCCUGGGAUGCAUACUAUAUUUUUUUGUACGCCCAUGCGUACAACCUACUGGUACAAAGUAUGCAGGGUUACAAAAAUCCGGCACGUGGACCCUUUACUAUACUUAUACUUCUAGCUUUAGCUGUUUGCGCUUUAAAAUCUCAGAAAAGUUAUAAAAAGUUUAUGAAUGUAUCCUCUUUAAAGCACUGCCUCUGCAGACAUACAAAUUCAGACAAGCGUCUUUCGGCUGUUGUGUCUUAUCACAUAGGUUAACUGUUAUUCAGGGUUCACACAAUGGUAGAGGCGGCAAGCGAGUAAAUUAUAUGUGAGGUCAAUGCAAAGACGCGAUUAGGCAUCAUGCGGCGUGUUCCAUGCGAAUUGAGCAAGUUUAAAAAUCUGAACUUCGGCGGAUUUCCAUGCCGCGUUAGCCAAUCAGGACCUUGCUGUAGUAGUGACAUGAUUACAGGAAGCGAGCGGAGUCUCAGCGGAGUAGCAGAAGCCCCUCCCAUGACGCGAAUUUCCGCGUGAAAUUCUUAAAUGACUAGAAUUUCACGUGCGGAUGAAGCGAGUAAACUGAAAUGUUCAAGCGUCCAACUACCGUGAAUAGUGCGUUUUUGCCGCCUCUACUGCAGUUGGUGUGAAUGCACUAUUAUGCAGGGUUUAUACCAGACGCGGUAGAGGCGGCAAGCGCAAGUAAUUUACAUGUUAAGGCAAUGCAAAGAUGCGAUUAGGCAUCCUGCGGCACGAAUUGAGCAUUGCUGCGGGAAACGCGAGUUGAAAAAUCUGAACUUCGGCGGAUUUCCGCGCUGCGUUAACCAGUCAGGACCUUGCUGUAGUAGUGACAUGAUUACAGGAAGCGAGCUGAGUCUCAGCGGAGUCGUAGAAGCCCUUCCCAUGACGCGAAUUUCUGCGUGAAUGUCUCGAAUGUCACACGCGAAUGAAGCGAGUAAACCCAAAUGUUCAAGUGUCCAACUAUGCGCGAAUAGCACGUUUUUGCCGCCUCUACUGCGGCUGGUGUUAAUGCACCAUUAAAAUAUUUUAAAACUCGUUUAGAGACCCCUGCUUUGUUUAGCGCGUCAUAACAAAUUGACUGAACUAAUCCUUUAAACCCACCAUCACCAUUAGCUAUGCUUAAUGAACCAUCCAUUUCCAACAGAAGAAUCUUACGUUCAUUAUCCAUAUUUUUAAGACCGUAUAGUUUCUUUGGAACUGAUUUCGCAGCAGGGCUUAACUGAUUACAAUUAAUUAUGUACAUAACUUCCCACACUUAGCCGAGAUAUACGGUAAGUAUUCAAGAGUGUUCAAGUAUUCAAGAGAAAUGCAAACUGAAUGGACUUUUUUUUCUCAUACCAGCCAUCAACAGGUGACCUUUGCGGUAGACUCAACUACACGCAUACAUUAAUAUUACCAGCUCAUACCGUGAAUCACUUUUGUGAUGCUUUUUUGAGCCAAUACAUUGCAGUGUCAAAACAUGGCACAUGACAGUGCUUUCAAGCGCUCAUCCACAACCUCAGCAGCCAUACAGACACUCGCAACAAAACUACUUCCACCAUACCUUCGUCUCCAGAACCAGACACUAUGACGAAAUUAAUAUUUGGCCCCGCCAAUUUUGGCUUAAGGUAAUCAUGCUGUUUUUAAAAGUACACGCAUACAAGUGUUUAUUUCGAAUGUUUCUCACAUAUCCAAACCAUUUCUCUCUUCCCCUAUAAAUUUUACACGGAUAUUUGGUGAUAAUCUUGGACUGUUUACUAUGGGGCUUGAGAUCAGUGACCGCUGAGGACAUUUGGUUCACCCGUGAACUUUCUUCGUUCCCAGUCUUACGCUUUUUUGCUUUGAUAACCGGGCCGGAGUUGGUCGUAGCUUUCAAGAGCAUGCUUGUGUGUUUUAAUGUGUUUUAUAUGAUGUGUCAAUCAUCCAAAUCCAUAAGGUCUUAUCAGUGGGGCAAGUGUAGACGUUUAUGCACAGGAGGUCUCAGGUACACCUUUAUUCCCACUAACCAGCCAAGGACUCGUCCUACCAAACCCCUCUGGAAAUGAAAGUAGAACUUGAGGGAACGCCGCACUCGUAUUCUGCCGAGCAUCAGGAACUCCUGAACAAACUGGUUCCCUACUCAGUUGCCCCCUUGUAUCUUUGGACCGUGGGCUGAAUGGUUCGACAGGGAUGUCAAUCAAUUAAAACUGACUGGGUUUCAAAAAGACUCUUGGUGUAUUACACCCCUGUGCACAGCAAAACAACCCCUGCAAAAAGUGUUGUGAUGUUAAUCAACCGUGGAUUUGUCUUGAAGGACUCUAUUAUUUGUGUAUCACAAGUGUGUUUUUAAUCUUUACUCCUUAAUUUCCAAAUGGAAACAAUUGCUUUUUUGCCAGGAUUCAUAGAUCAAAUGAUUUGCUCCAACUUCAACAUAUUUCCUUUCUUUCUUUGUAAUGCUAUUAAAGGGAAAUGAUCUAAAUAUUCCCUUACGGAAAAAUGGAAACACAGCAAGUAUAAAUCUAAUCGAAACCUUUUAAAUACAGAUUUGAGUUUGGGGGGAUAAUGUCCGUUAUGAUCAUUUUAAGACUUUAAGUGCUUGUAUGAUCACAAUACAAUUCAUUUUUUUGUGUGUAUGUACAGGAGUUCAAUGCUCCUUAGCAAUUAAACCAUUAGAUGAAACAUUCAAA